UUUAGAUAGCCUGAUAACGCGCUCUUCUCGUGAACUCUGUCACGUUCCCUUCCCAAUUACUUUGAAAUCUAUUCAUGCUCCAGAUUCUAUCAUUCAAAUCAGAUCCAGAUAGCCACUUCACGGGUCUAUCAAUAGGAGUGGAAUUGGAUAUCGAUAAGCGCCAGCUCAUAUCUUUAGGUCACUUUUUGAAGCAAAGAAAAACGACUCUGGAUGUCUCUGCCAACGACAGGAUUUGUCUUCGGGUCGGCGUCGAGUGCUCAAAGCGUACGGGACGUUAUCGCUUCUUACCGUCGAGCACAAUUUUUGGUUGUAGAAUCGACCUUGGCGUCUUCACCAGAUCUUACAGACUCCUUUGAUGAAGAAUCUGGCAGUAUUAUCGAGGAGGAGGGCGACUCUGACGCCGAUUCGUUCACGCCAGCACAACGUCACGAUCACGAUGACUUUGCUAGCCAAUUCGAAUGGGACGCACUGAACCCCGCCUCUGUCUCUCCUGGGACACCGCAGCACCCAGCACCUUAUGUUUCUUCGUUCCCUCGUAGCACACUCCUUAGUUCGCCUGUGAGCGUAUCCCCACCCCGAGCGGAUGAAGAGACACCGCUACUCCGCAGGGUAUCUUUCUCAGCUGGAACCUAUCCUCAUCGCCCUGUUCCUCGCCCUGACUAUCUGACCUCUUCAAAUGCUAUUCAAGAUGCACAAAGGCGGCCUGUGGCUCGUCAGCCUUCGAAAACUUCCCUGUCUCGUGCCAGGUUUGGAGGGGCAAGUACAUUCGGGCAAACUCUUUUUAAUUCCAUAGCUAUUCUCUUGGGCAUUGGAAUGCUCUCGACCCCUCUGGCCUUCGCCUACGCAGGGUGGAUACCAGGGACAAUACUCAUUGGCUUUUAUGGAUUUGUGAGCUGUUACACAGCGAAACGUUUGGCACAAAUCAUCACGUCUGACCCUCGGCUGAGAUCUUAUACCGAUAUUGGACGAAAAGCCUUUGGUCCACGGUCAACAGGCAUAAUCAGCACUAUAUUUUGUCUCGAAUUGUUCUCUGUCAGUGUCAUCCUCGUGACGCUGUACGCAGAUUCAUUGCAUGGAAUCAUACCCUACUACUCAUCAAACACGUAUAAAUUAUGGGGUUUAUUAAUAUUAAUACCCACUGUUUUCUUGCCGUUAUCUCUGCUCUCAUAUACAUCGAUUUUGGGCGUUAUAUCAACUAUUCUUAUGAUAGCCGUGAUAUUCAUUGAUGGCGCUACAAAAAGAGAGCAGCCCGGAAGCUUAUGGUCUCCGGCUGAGACGUCAUUAGGCAUUGAGAGCUGGAGGCACCUCGGGAUAGCUUAUGGAUUAUUUAUGGCUGGGUUUUCUGGUCAUGCUGUUAUUCCGUCUCUUGUUCGCGACAUGGAAGAUCCAUCAGAGUUCGACAAAAUGAUCACUUGGGCCUUUGCAAUUGCAACAUUCAUAUAUGGGCUGAUUGGAUACACGGGGUACAUCAUGUUUGGAACAUCAGUCAGUGAAGAGAUUAGCAUGGAUCUGCUUCGUACACCUGGGUACAAUCCAGCUUUAAAUCAAGCUUGCCUUUGGAUGUUGGUUAUAAGCCCCUUGUCCAAGUUUGCGUUGGCGACGCAGCCGCUCAACGCCACUGUAGAGAUCCUGCUUGGGAUCGAUCUGCCGCCAGCAACACACGAAGAUGUCGCUAAAAGGCUUGCCGAACCAUCACAUGGUACAUCAAGGAAACGCAUAUUGGGAAUGAUUCUGCGAGUAGCUCUCACUUUACUCUCCGUGGUCGUUUCUAUUCUCGUGCCCGACUUCAGCGCUGUGAUGGCCUUUCUAGGCUCGUUUUCGGCCUUCCUGAUAGUUGUGAUUGGACCCAUUGGUGCUCACAUAGCUAUAAAAGGCUCUUGUAGUGCAUUUGAUGCGCUUGCGGUAGGUUUGGCUAUCGUGAUGGCUGUUUGGGGAACGGCAGCAGCAUUCUUAUCCGCUUGAACUUUGUUAUAGCCUCAGUCGUACAUGGUGGACAAUAACUUGGACAGCACUACAAGAUAUAUCGUAUAGGGAAAGCUACUACAGCAAUAAACAUUAGAGAUGUCAACGAACCGGUGAGUAUC